AUCACUUCUGAUUAUCUAUUGCAGAUAUUUUGAGGCAAGGCCAAUUCGUAUAAGAGGAGGUAUCAGAAAAUUGGUCCAAUGGAGCCACAAGGACAUAUAAACUAUUGCCCACUAAAUGUUACCCUAAGUGAUUUUUGGGUGAAUCAUGGCAUUUCCCAUUGUCUGAUUGAUACAGUUUUUGGAACCAUCUCAACAGCAUUCAUUCUAUUGUUUGGCAGUGUCCAAACAUACUUUUACAAACGAUAUGGGACAUAUGCUCAUCCUUCCCUGCGACCUAGAUCUCGACUCUAUGCUGUACAAGUAUGCUUCUCUGUGUUAAUGCCCUUGUUAAUCAUUGCACGAAUUUUGGUGGUGACUCUUGGGGAUGGGACACCUCUGUAUGGGUAUGAAAUCCUGGAUAUCUGCAGUGCUUCAGUCACCUGGCCUCUCUCAUUAUACCUCCUGUUAAUUGAGCGUCGUAAGAUGCUGCCAACGAUCCCCACCAAAGGUCAUGGUGUUGUUGUUCUCAUAUUUUGGUCAUUGGCAUUCAUCAAGGAGAAUCUUUCCUUCAUCAACAUCAACAGCCUGGAGUGGUGGUUUUAUUUAGACACAGUGACUCAGAAGAUUGAGUUUGCAUUGUUUGUCCUGCGAUACAUUGGAAGUUGUGGUCUCUUUGUUUUGGGACUCAUGGCUCCUGGAGUCUCAUCUUAUCCUGUGGCAGAUGAUAUGGAACAGAUCAUCAGACCUGUGCAAGGGAGACAAAAGUCCUUGUUGAGUCGUCUUCGAAUCUUGUUCCCUUACCUGUGGCCCAAGAAUGAUUGUCUACUGCAACUUAUUGUCCUCUUCUGCCUAAUCCUCCUUGCUCUUGGACGUGUCUGCAACCUCUUCAUACCCAUCUAUAACAAACUCAUCAUCAAUAGUCUGUCUUAUCCAGUGGAUGGGAAACUUGAAUUCAGAUGGGAUUAUGUGCUUGUCUAUUGUGGUCUCAAGUUUCUCCAAGGUGGAACUGGAGGAAUUGGACUUCUGAACAAUCUCAGGGGUUUCCUUUGGAUAAAAGUUGAACAAUACACUUCUCGAGAGGCAAAGGUGCAGUUGUUUGAGCAUAUUCACAACCUCAGCCUUCGUUGGCACUUGGGUCGCAAGACUGGGGAAGUUCUAAGGGUUGUGGAUCGUGGGACAACUAGUAUCACGUCCCUUUUAUCUUACAUAAUCUUCAACAUUCUCCCUACUGUGGCUGACAUUGUUGUUGCCAUUGUUUAUUUCACCUCUUCCUUCAAUGCUUGGUUUGGCCUCAUAGUCUUACUCACCAUGGGACUCUACUUAGCGGUGACAAUUGGGGUGACAGAGUGGAGAACCAAGUUCAGGCGAUUGAUGAAUGAUGCUGACAACAAAGCCCAGGCCAGAGCUGUUGAUUCCAUUCUCAACUUUGAGACUGUAAAGUAUUAUAAUGGCGAGGAGUAUGAAGUGGAUCGUUAUCGCACAGCUAUCCGCACUUAUCAGUGGGAGGAGUGGAAGUCCAAUGCAUCCCUGAACCUUUUGAAUCUGAGUCAGAAUUUUGUUAUAAAUGCUGGGCUGCUUGCAGGAUGCCUGCUCUGUGCUCACAUGGUAGUUUCAGCACAAAAUCUUACCGUUGGUGACUUUGCCCUGUUCUCAGCAUACAUACUUCAGUUGUAUGCUCCUCUUAACUUCUUUGGCACCUACUACAGAAUGAUCCAGCAGUCUUUCAUCGACAUGGAGAAUAUGUUUGACCUACUGUCAGAGCAGCAAGAGGUUCAAGAUGCCCCUGAUGCUAAGGAACUGGUACUAAAGCAUGGAUCCAUCCAUUUUGAGAACAUAUUCUUCCAAUACCAACCUGAAAAAUCCAUUCUUCGUGGCAUCACCUUUUCUGUUGGCCCUGGAGAAACAGUUGCAUUGGUUGGGCCAUCAGGAAGUGGAAAAUCAACAAUCAUUCGCUUACUGUACCGCUUUUAUGAUGUCCAAGAAGGCAAGAUCCAGUUUGAUGGCCAGGAUGUGAGGAAGGUGACACAAAGAUCCCUCCGUCAGGCUAUUGGGGUUGUUCCCCAAGAUACUGUUCUCUUCAAUGACACCAUCGGCUACAACAUCCGAUAUGGGAAGCCAUCAGCCACUGAUGAAGAAGUUGAGGCUGCUGCCAAGGGAGCAGACAUCCAUGGACGCAUCCUCACCUUUCCGGAUCAGUAUGAGACUGUAGUUGGAGAGAGGGGAUUGAAGUUGAGUGGAGGAGAGAAGCAGCGAGUGGCAAUUGCACGUAUGAUCCUUAAGGCCCCAACAUUCAUCUUCCUCGAUGAGGCCACCUCUGCCCUUGACACUCAAUCUGAGAGGAACAUCCAGGGUGCACUGGAUCACUUGUGUGCAAAUCGGACUACCAUCAUUGUUGCUCAUCGCUUGUCAACCAUCAUACAUGCUGAUCAGAUUCUUGUCCUGGAGGAUGGACAGAUUGUGGAGCGUGGAAGGCAUGAGGAGUUGCUAAGCCAAGGUGGUCUCUAUGCCUCCAUGUGGAAGCAGCAGCAGCAAAAACACAUUGCUGAGUCAUCUGAUCCCAUGACAUAUAAUUGCUGGCUGUACCAAGUAUGCUUCUCUGUGUUAAUGCCCUUGUUAAUCAUUGCACGCAUUUUGGUGGUGACUUUUGGGGAUGGGACACCUCUGUAUGGGUAUGAAAUCCUGGAUCUCUGCAGUGCUUCAGUUACCUGGCCUCUCUCAUUAUACUUCCUGUUGAUUGAGCAUCGUAAGAUGCUGCCAAUGAUCCCUACCAAAGGUCAUGGUGUUGUUCUUCUCAUAUUUUGGUCAUUGGCAUUCAUCAAGGAGAAUCUCUCCUUCAUUAGCAUCCACAGUCAGCAGUGGUGGUUUCAUUUUGACUCGGUCACACAGAAACUUGAGUUUGCAUUGUUUGUCCUGCGAUACAUUGGAAGUUGUGGUCUGUUUGUUUUGGGACUCAUGGCUCCUGGAGUGUCAUCUUAUCAUGAUGCAGGUGAUACAGAAGAAAUCAUCACACCCGAUGUGGGGAUUCGCAGGUCCUUGUUGAAUCGACUUCAACUCCUCUUCCCUUAUUUAUGGCCCAAGAAACAUUGGCUUCUGCAACUUGUUGUUCUCUUCAGUCUUAGCCUCCUUGUCCUUGGGCAUGUCUGCAAUCUCUUCAUGCCCAUCUACAAUAAACUUAUCAUUAACAGUCUAUCCUACCCAGUAGAUGGGAAGCUUGAAUUCAGGUGGGAUUAUGUGCUUGUCUACUGUGGCCUGAAGUUUCUUCAGGGUGGAACUGGAGGAAUUGGACUUUUGAACAAUCUCAGGAGUUUUCUUUGGAUCAAAGUGCAGUUGUUUUCUCACAUCCACAACCUGAGCCUUCGCUGGCACAUGGGUCGCAAAAUAGGGGAAAUUCUGAGAAUUGUGGAUCGUGGGACAACCAGUAUCACGUCUCUCUUGUUUGACAUCCUCUUCAACAUCCUCCCCACUGUGGCUGACAUUGUCAUCGCCAUUGUUUAUUUCACCUCUUCCUUCAAUGCUUGGUUUGGCCUCAUAGUCUUCAUCACCAUGGGGCUUUACCUGGUGGUGACAAUAGGAGUGACAGAGUGGAGAACCAAGUUCCGGAGAUUGAUGAAUGAGGCAGACAAUAGAGCUGAGGCCAGGGCUGUAGAUUCCAUCCUAAACUUUGAGACUGUCAAGUAUUAUAAUGGCGAGGAGUUUGAGGUAGACCGUUAUCGCAAGACCAUCCUCAACUAUCAGUGGGAGGAGUGGAAGUCCAAUGCAUCCCUGAACCUAUUGAAUCUGAGCCAGAAUUUUUUUAUUAGUGCAGGGUUGCUAUCUGGAUCCCUGUUUUGUGCACAUCUGGUCAUCACAGGUCAGGAUCUCACCAUUGGUGAUUUUGCCCUCUUCUCAGCCUACAGGAGCAAAUUGCAUGCACCAAUGACCAAACCCUAUUUCAUAUAUCACAGGGUGAUUCAGAAGUCAUUCAUUGACAUGGAGAACAUGGUUGACCUUCUGUCAGAGAAACUGGAGAUUCAAGAUGCACCUGAUGCUAGGGACCUGGUGGUGAAGCAAGGAACCAUACACAUUAAAAAUGUCUCCUUCCGAUAUCAGCCUGAAAAAUCCAUUCUCCAUGGCAUCACAUUUUCAGUUGGCCCUGGAGAGACAGUUGCAUUAAAUUCUCAUAGAAAUCUUGAGAAAACUCAAGUGGAAGAGGACAAUGCCUGUUUCAUAUGUAAACUGGAACAGGUGGGACCAUCAGGAAGUGGAAAAUCAACAAUCAUCCGCUUACUGUACCGCUUCUAUGAUGUCCAAGAAGGUGAAAUUCAAUUUGAUGGCCAGGAUGUGAGGGAGGUGACACAAAGAUCCCUCCGACGUGCUAUUGGGGUUGUUCCCCAGGAUACUGUCCUCUUCAAUGACACCAUCCGGUAUAACAUCCGAUAUGGGAAGCCAUCUGCUUCUGAUGAAGAAGUUGAGGCUGCUGCCAAGGGAGCUGACAUCCAUGAACGCAUCCUCACAUUUCCAGAUCAGUAUGAGACUAUGGUAAUAGUGGCUUGUGCCUUGUACUCUUUUGAGGUGGGAGAGAGAGGAUUGAAGUUGAGUGGAGGAGAGAAGCAACGAGUGGCUAUUGCUCGUAUGAUCCUUAAGGCCCCAGCAUUCAUCUUCCUAGAUGAAGCUACCUCUGCUCUUGAUACCCAGUCUGAGAGGAAUAUCCAGAGUGCAUUGGAUAAUCUGUGUGCAAAUCGAACUACCAUCAUUGUUGCUCAUCGUCUAUCAACCAUCAUCCAUGCCGAUCAGAUUCUUGUUCUGGAGAAUGGACAGAUCAUGGAACGUGGAAGGCACGAGGAGCUGCUAAACCGAAGAGGUCUCUAUGCCUCCAUGUGGAACCAGCAGCAGCAGAAGCACAAUGCCGAUUUCUCUGAUCCCAUGAUGUAGCCAUGCAACAGGGACCAACUGUUCAUCGUCCAUCAUCAGUGAUCAUGCCUUCAGUGCUGUGUUUUUUUUUACUGCAAUACUCAAACCAGAAUUGCCUGCAGUUAUGAACCAAACUCUAUCAACUUGAGACAUGUUACUGUUAUCCCUGACUCUUAUGCUUUUCUUUCAUAUACUUUUAUUUUAUCAUGCUUUUCUUUUCUUUCAUGCUUAUAACAAGUUUGUAAAUGAGUUUUAGCUAGAGAAGAUUCAACAAGAACUGUGUAUUCCUAUGUCCUG